AUGGACUUGAAGCCGAGCAAAGACGACAAAGUGCCUGUCAAGAUUCCAGCCAUCGCUGACACAGAAACAUCUACCAGCUACAAGGUAUUCGGUGACCUCGAAAAUGGUACACACCCUCUUCUGGUCCUCCACGGUGGUCCCGGAUCAGCUCACGAAUACAUGAUCACCUUUGCAAACCUCUCGGACCGAUAUGGCAUCCCCGUCGUACUCUAUGAUCAAGUCGGCUGCGGAGCUUCGACGCACCUUCAACAGUUCGCCGGUGAUACUUCACUUUGGAGCGAGCGCACCUUCAUCACAGAGCUGGAAAACCUCAUCGACCAUCUAGGCCUUCGUAAGACGGGAUUCAAUAUUCUGGGGCACAGCUGGGGUGGGAUGUUGGCGGCAGCAUAUGCGUCAAGCCGUCCGAAUGGUCUCCAUCGCUUGAUAUUGGCGAGUGCACCAGCUGAUGUAGUGACUUAUAUGGCUGGAGUUCGAUCCCUGUACGAGAAGUUUCCUCGUGACCUUCGCAAAAGUAUCGAGGAUGCCCAACGAACAGACGACUAUAGUAGUCCGGAAUACAAGGCCGCGGCGCAGCUUUUCCUCGAAACACACUACUAUCGCCUCAAGCCAUUUCCUCCACCGGAAUUGGAGAAGCGCAUGGAAUAUCAAGCCACCAACCCCACUCCUUAUCGAUCCAUGUUUGGCCCGUCUGCGCUGACCUGCACCGGCACUUUGAAGAAUUGGGAGUGCGCCUCGCGGGUCUCCAAUAUAAAUGUGCCCACUCUCGUUUACAACGCAGAAUUUGACAGCACCACAGACGCGGCGGUGGCACCAUUAUUUGAAUUCAUCCCACGCGUUCGCUGGAUCACCUUUCCGGGGGGAGGCCACAUGUGUCAUUUGGAAGGAGACCUGCGAGAGAAAGUGCUUACAGCCGUUCAUGACUUCUUGGUGGCGGGUAAGACGAAGUGA